CUUCAUUAACAAAACCUCAAAAUCUAACAACAGUAGAAGUAAUUCUUCAUUGGGAAACAUUGUUUCUACGACGACGAUUUUGACAAGAAUGUGGCUUGCGCGUACUUAACUGCGACGUGUGGGAGCCACGUCCGUGUUCAAGCUUCACCACAAUCUUACUUGCGCAGGUAAAACUGUGGUGAAGCUUACACGUGUGGUAGGCCCAUUAGGCGAUCGUGCUGUAAGAGAUAGUGACUACCCCUGGUAUGGGAAUACACAUCGAAUUUUGAAGGCUUCGUUGAAGUCAGCAUUCUGUUUUAUACAAGUGUUUGUCAAAUAUGUCAUUUGUUAAAUGUCAAAAAAGUGGCAUCGCUAUCAAAACGUCAAUGUCAAUUUCCUUUUCGUCGCUUCUUAGACCAAGAUGGCUCGAGGCCCCAAAAAACAUUUGAAACGUUUGAACGCGCCUAAGGCAUGGAUGUUAGAUAAGUUGGGGGGAGUGUUUGCUCCCAGGCCUUCAACCGGGCCUCAUAAAUUGAGAGAAUCCCUGCCUUUAGUGGUAUUUCUGCGGAACCGUCUAAAGUAUGCCUUGACAAACAGUGAAGUAACCAAAAUUGUAAUGCAGAGGCUGAUCAAAGUUGAUGGAAAAGUGAGGACUGACUCGAAUUAUCCUGCUGGAUUCAUGGAUGUCAUCACUAUUGAAAAGACCGGCGAAUUUUUCAGGCUCAUCUAUGAUGUUAAGGGUAGAUUUGCCAUUCAUCGUAUCACUGCUGAAGAAGCUAAGUACAAACUCUGCAAAGUGAGACGUGUACAGACAGGCCCUAAAGGCAUUCCAUUCCUGGUAACCCAUGAUGGCCGUACUAUCAGAUACCCAGAUCCUUUGAUCAAGGUAAACGACACCAUCCAACUGGAGAUUGCCACCUCCAAAAUCCUUGACUACAUUAAAUUUGAACCAGGCAAUCUAUGCAUGAUCACUGGUGGCAGAAAUUUGGGGCGUGUUGGUACUGUGGUCAACAGGGAGCGUCAUCCAGGAUCUUUUGACAUUGUUCACAUCAAGGAUGCCAAUGGGCAUGUAUUUGCCACUAGGUUAAACAAUGUAUUUAUAAUUGGCAAAGGUUCAAAAGCCUUUGUGUCACUUCCAAGAGGAAAGGGAGUGAAACUUUCAAUUGCAGAAGAAAGGGAUAAGAGGUUAGCUGCAAAAACACAUUAAAUGUUAUAAACGUUUGAUUAAAAAAAAAAUUAAAAAAGUUUUAUUAGUUCAACCCUGUACCCUAUACCAGUUUGCAAACUGCUUACAUUUGAUAUUUCUGAUUGACUCUUCCUAUGACCCAUCUUACCAAGGCUGGUUUUUCCGAGUAUUAAAUUACUUAGUCUGGGCACAACACAUCAAAAAAAUUGCAGCACGGACCAGUGACGGCUAGUAAUAUUUCAAAAUUCCCCGUAUCGCUAAAGGACUCAUAAUUAUGACGGAUCCGUCAAUGCCAGGUAGAC